AUGCAGCUUACGAAGUGCGUUAUGUUAGACCACAUCCUGCUAGUCCUGUAUAGCUUUAUAGCGGUGUCUACGGCGCAAUCAGUCUCAACGUUGCCCAACGGUUGUUACAUUACCUCGUCAAUUGUCUACGGGAACACCACCGGGUCAAACACUGUGACCACCACCAGCCAGGACCAGACAAUCAUAUCCACGAGCUCUUCAGCUUCUACAUCAAGCUUUAGCAAUGGCGCAUCGUCAUUCUCCUCCACAAUUGCGCCCUCCAAUACCUUCAGCACAACGAGUCCCACGUUGCCAACCACAACAGCCUCGUCUCCAACGUCCAGCCCCUUUGUGAUCACUGUCAGUGGUAUCGGCAAUAAACUAAGAGCUCGCGCAGUGGAGUUUUUGACGUUCGAAGGAAUUUAUGCUUAUCUCUCCCCUAACGAGGACCUUGCUGCUGUUUUCGUCCUUACCAUGGAUGGCCAGUUGCAAGUCGGGAACGCCACCGUCGGCACCAACGGAAACAGAAGCGCCUUGCCUCUCAUGCAAUUCUCCGGGGUGACCCAGCCAAGUGGAUAUAUAUGGUCUUUCAACGCCACAAAUCUGAUAUUUGGAAAUACCAUAUUCUCGGUGAUUCCUGACGGGCUGUUGUUUGCCGAUUUUCCUGGCAGUCAGCCGCCCGAGGGAGCUGUGCAAGUUGGCAUGGCGGCUGAGUUCGUGGAUGUCUCAACCUCGAGCUCGAGCCUAGCCACUUUGACGAGCACCAGCUCGACUUCUAUAGAGAGCAUAAGUAUUCUGGUGACAACUCCGAGCACAGCCGAGCAACAGACGAGCGAGAGUACUCAAUCGACUCCUGGAAGCUCCUUGACAACCAAUCAAGUCAGCUCUUCUGUCGCCAGCACAGAGUCAGGUCCUCCCUCUGAUACGACAACGACGACGAUAGAAGCCACAUCUGGGUCUUUACAAUCCACGGAAAUAACAUACACCAGCACAAGCGCCUCAUCAUUGACGACGCAGGAGACUUCUACAACUUUGGCGUCUCAGUCCUCGGCUCAGAUUUCAAGCUCCAUUUUGUCCAUACUGCCCGAGUCAACGACCUCAUCCUCUCUGCAAUUGUCUCUUUCAGUCGAAACAAGCAGCACAACGGUUUCAAAUGACUUCACCUCGUCGCCUUCCAGCCAGACUACGAAUGCUCAACCUAGCCCAACGACGUCCUCGUCGAGCACGACCAUCGUGGCCACCACGGAGGGUGCCUCUCCAUCCAGUCCAAUGUCCACGCAUUCUUCCUUAGCAACGACAGCCUCACCGAGUGCUACGCUUUCAUUUUCAAUCAGUGCAUCUGCAAGCCAAUCUCCAAGCUUGUCAUCUAGUGUGACGACGCCAACAACCACGUUAGCAACUCCAACAUCCCAGUCUACAACCAACAGUCCAUCCGGGCAGGGCACUUCCCGCUCGGCUUCUACCUCUUCGUCUUCAACCACCAUCACAACCACCACAAGCAAGCCGAGCCCCACAAGCUCUUACACAGUGUCAACGACCAUAUCCACCAGCGUCUCACCUACACCCUCUUCUUCCCUCACCCUAAGCAGCACAUCAUCUUCAACUCCCAUACCCAGCCCCUACCCAGCCAAACGCGGCCUGGUCUACACCAACGUCACAACCCUCGACUUCUACCCGCCUCCCUCUCCUUACAUUUCCUGGUCCUACAAUUACUACUCCCUCCCCAACGCCAGCGACAACGUCGGGCCCUAUCCAUCAAGCCAAUACCGCUUCAUCCCGCUCUUGUACAACGACGCCGACUCCCUGACGAGCAUUUGGCCCGCGAACGUCAAUUUCUCCAUUGCAAACUACGGCACCGACGCCAUCUUCGGGUUCAAUGAGCCGGACGCAAACUUCAACGGCCAGUCCAGUAACAUGCCCGUGGCGGAAUCCGUACAGGGGUACGUGAACUUCAUGCAACCCUUCGCCGGGCGGGUCAAGAUCGGUGCCCCCGCCGUGACCAACACGGGCGGCGGAUUGACCUACCUCGCACAAUUCCUGGGCAACGCCACCCAGUUGAACCUGACGAUCGACUUUUUGAACAUCCACUGGUACGCCUCGCCCUACAACAUCGACUACUUUGAGAGCUACCUCCUCCAGACGUAUAACCUGUCCCUCCAGUACUUCCCGGACGCGCCCGUCCCCGUCUGGGUCACGGAGUUCGGCAUGGACAUGGACAACUACGACCAAAACACCACGGUCCAGUUCCUCAAGAACGCCUCCAGCUUCAUGGACGACACCUUCUGGGUCGAGCGGUACGCCUGGUUCGGCAACUUUGCGGGCGGGUAUACCAGCUACGGCGCCCCGACCACGGAUAUGCUCCUCAACGUCGACGGCAGUGCGCUGGGCGUGUUGGGCGAGGUGUGGUAUACGUAUAACGGGACGAAUUAG